UAGAUGUACGCCAUGCAAAGCUUUCCAUCAGUGGCAGAUCACCAUCUCCUUCCGUUCACAGAUGUCGGAGACUUCGGCCUCUCCACAUACCUUCCUUUUGCUGCAGCUUCCAACCUGAGUAAUCUGGUUCAGACAUGUGCUAUCUCUGAGUAUGACUUGGGAGGAGAAGGAGAUCUGUUCAAAGCUCCAAGACCCAUACUAGAGGAAUCAGUACUGUUAUCUGGUUAUGGAAGUAGCAUCAUGACAGACAACAUUGAGAUAGUAGAUAUGGAGUCAAUCCAAAAUGGAGAUCUCCUGUGUGAGGCCUUCUAUGGCUGUGAAAAGGACCUCCUUGUGAAGUCAGCUCAUGUGCCGGCACCUGACGUAGCAGACUUUGUGCUCCCAGAAGAAACUACGGUUGGAGAAAGGAAUUGCUUCUCUGCAGAGGGGCCUUUGCGGAAGAGUGACAGCACAAAUGCUUCCAGCGUCGGACCAUGUUUACUUGAUGUUCAUGAAGUGGAUCUUGAGGCUGCGUUUGGGAUGAGGACAUACAGUGAAGGAGAUAUCCAGAGUAUUGGAGUUGAUAGCUAUGUUCAUGGUGAUAUCAACAUUGUCCCUACUUUUAAGUUGUCAUCGACAAUAGAGGAUGUGAAGAUGAAAGAAAGAAUCCAAAAGCUUUCCAGGUACAGGACCAAAAGGACAAGAAGAAAUUUUCACAGAAGGAUCAAGUAUGUAUGCAGAAAGGUCUUGGCAGAAGGCCAGCCUCGCGUACGUGGAAGGUUUGCAAAGAAAGAAGGCAGGUGUGCAAAGACCUGAACACUCUCAUGCAUGUUGCAACCUGUAGAAGCAAUGAAUAGAUGUGGCAUCGGCAAGUAGCUCCCACUGUAGGUAAAUUUGGUUGAUGGUUUGUAUUAGGUAUCUAUGUGUAGUUAUGUAAGUAGGCAGGAAUAAGAUAAAAUCUGGCACUGUACACAGCUUUCAAAUGAUAGUUAUGGGCGCCAUGUUGGGCUGUACUGGUUUUCCUCUUGGAACAAGCUUUGGUGUAUAUAUUUCUCAUC